AUGACAAUUUCACCAAAUUUAAAUCAAAAUGAAUCUUUAAAACAAUCACCAGUUUUAAAUUCAACUAAUAAAACUUCAACUUCAACUGAUGUUUUAACUGAAGAAAGAGCUUCAAAUAUUGGAUGGUAUUUUAUUAAAUCUUAUUAUGAUUUUUUUGUUACUAAAUUAGAUGAUAUUCAUAAAAUUUAUCAUCCAAAUGCUUCUGUUUUACAUGAUUCUUUUCCUGAAUUGAAAAAUGGAGAUAAAGAUGAAUUACCAACUAGUUUUAAAGCUAAUGGUAGAGAAGCAAUUAAAAAAUGUUUCAAUGAAUAUGUUUCAUCAAAUAAUGAAUCAUCAACUUCUACAACAACAAAUAGAAUUGUUAUAACUAGUGCAUGUUUUCAAGUUUCAGUAGAUAAAAAUAUUAUUAUUGUUACAUUUGGUGAAUGGUCUAAAAAUGAUUCUCCAUAUAAACAAUUUACUCAAUAUUUUGUUUUAACUCCUGGUAAAAGAGAAGGUGUUUAUGAUGUUGCUAAUGAUAUUUUAAGAUUUAUUGAUUCAAAUGGAUAUAAAGAAAAUUCUAAAGUUUUAAAUAAUGAAGAUGAAGAUAAAGCUAGUGAAAAAGUAGUUGAUGAAGUUAAUGGUAGUGUUGAGAAAGAAGAAAUAGAACCAGUUGCUGUUGUUGUUGCUGAUACUGGAUCUGAACCAGCUGAAAAAGAACCAAAGAAACAAGUUGAAGAAACUAAACCAGUAUUGAAUGGAUCAAAGGAAGAACCAAAAGAUGAAACUGAAUCCAAGGAUAUAGAAAAAGAUUCAUCAAAAGUUGAAGAAAAACAUGAAAACAAAAAAAUUGAAACAGAAGAAUCAAAAUCAACUACUGAAUCACCAGCAGCCACAAAAGCUGAAACUACUGAAUCACCAAAAGAUUCAGAAUCAUCAAAUGAAAGUAAAGAAGAAGAUAAAAAACAAGAAGAAACUUCAUCAUCAACCCCAGCUGCUCCAGCUAAACCAGCACAACCAUUAUCAUGGGCAGAUUUAGCUUAUCAAGCAGUUCCAACCACCACCAAAUCAACAGCUACAAAAUCAACAACAACUAAACCAACUACACCAACAACAACUGUUAAAAAAUCAACAACCUCAAACACUCAACAAAAUCAAUCUAUUACAACAGGAGGUAAAUAUAAAAAAGAAGAAUGGUAUCCAAUUUAUAUAAGAGGAGCAAGAAAUACAGAUGAAAAAUUAUUAAAAGAUCAUUUAACAAAAAAUUUUGGAGAUUUAAAAUUUUUUAGAGUUAAUCAAAAUAUAGCAUUAUGUGAUUUUGUUUUAAAAGAUGCUCAAAAAAGAGCAUUAGAAGCAAAAGAAACAACAAUAAAUGGUUUUACAAUAAGUUUAGAACCAAGAGAAAGUAAAACUGGUAAUAAUUUUCAUAAUAAUAAUUCAUCAAAUGGAUUUCAAAAACAAAAACAAAAAAAUUUUAAUAAUAAUAAUAAUAAUGAUAAUAAAGAUGGUAAUAAAGAUAAAAAAUUUAAUGAUAAUAACAGUAAUGGUAAAAAAAUCAAUAAUAAUAAUGGUCAUAAUAAUGGUAAUUUAAAACAAAAAAGUGGUAAAGCAAAAUAA